UCAAAACUGCGCGCGUGGGCUGCGCUCGAGUAUAAAAGCGAACUACGCGUGGGACAGCCGCAGUGACGUCAGCGCGGUCGUCGUCCGCGCGAGUAUAAAGAAGCCUUUAGCCCAUGUUUCAAAUGAUUGCGGCGUGUGGAAUUGGAUGUGAUGCCCACGACGGGACAACACAGCACGUUCCUGGAGCAAAUCCUAAAGUCAGAUUGUUCUUUUGUCUGACUAUUAGUGCGUCCAAUUCUGCUUCAAACUGAACAGUCUGGGACAUUUGCAUGUGCUACCAGUGUUAUUUCACUGCCUAGAUCGGGUGUCGAGUGGAAUGCGUACUUCGAGACAUUUACGCGAAUGUGUCGCAAUCGACAAUUCGAUCGUGUCAUGUGCGCAGCUGCGUAGCCCCACUUUCGUGGCGAGGGUGGGCGACCGCAGCAUCCGCAGGACCGGCGCAGCGCCAGAGGAGGCGUGGACACCGAGUUGGAGCAACGAUGGCCGUCCGGGGGCUGUGGAUGUGCACGCCCCGGGUUGGAAAACGAGGGAGCCGCUCCGGUCUCUUGUCGUGCCUUUGCGCGACAACCGUUAGCGCUGCGGUUUUCGCGUUGCUCUUCGUGGACGUUGUCGAGUACUGGAUCACGUCCAUGGGCAUGAGCGCCGUGCCGGAGCCGCACGCAGGCAUCUUCCCCCCGCAGAGCGUCCCUCCCACCAGACCCGAGGAGUUCCUGCUCAUGCCCAGUCCGCUAGUGUGCCAGCGAGCCAAGCCUUAUCUCAUUAGCAUGGUGACCUCGGCCCCUGCUCACCACGGGGCGCGGCAGGUCAUCAGGGACACUUGGGGUGGGGAGAUCGAAGUGAGGGGCCUGAGGGUCAUGACCCUCUUCAUGCUGGGUGUGUCAUCUGACCCAGGACUGACCAAACUGCUCAUAGAGGAGGCCAGGGAGCAAGGGGACCUGGUUCAGGGGCGGUUCCUGGACACCUAUUCCAAUCUGACUUUGAAGACUUUAGCCAUGCAGAGCUGGGUGCGCCGCUUCUGCCCGCAGGCUCACUUUGUGGCCAAAGUGGACGACGACGUCCUGUUCAAUCCCAGCGCACUCCUGCACCUGCUGAACAAGAGUCGCAGCCCGUACGAACAAGCCGACUUGUAUCUGGGCAGGGUGCAUCUCAACGUGGCUCCGAACCGGGACCUGGAAAGCAAGCAUUACCUGCCAAAGGAGGCCUACCCGUCCUCUGUUUUUCCAGAUUACUGCAGUGGUUCAGCUUAUGUUCUGUCCCGCUCCGCACUGCUCAAAAUAUCCUUGGCUGCCUCUCCGUUAACUCUGUCUACGGCUCAUCCCCCCGAGGAUGUGUUUGUGGGUUUGUGCGCCCGGGCAGCCGGCAUACCACCCACGCACUCACCCCUGUUCUCUGGCGGUCCUUCUAUGCCAUAUGGGCGCUGCUGUUAUCAAGCCAUGGUGUCAGUGCACAACAUCCCACCCAAGGAUAUGCUGCAAUACUGGACUGACAUCCACUCAUCCGGGCAGUGCCCUUGGCUGAGCAUGCGAGUGUCGCUGUCGAUGUGCAAAGUCGGGGCCCUGCUGGGCUCGGCUCUCGGCCUUGGGAAGGAGGCGUGAGUGGGACUCAAUCUGUACUCUGACAGCACACAAUUAAGGUGGUGAAAAUAAAUAAUAUUUUUUA